CCACCUUUUUAAAAUCAUAAUAUAUCAAUCGAUCUCAAUACUAGCGCUGGUAUCAAUAUUAUCGAUAUUAGGCUCUAUCUGCGCACCUCUACUGAAUAGAGGUCCAGCGGCUCCUCCCACACGCAACUGUAAUAAUGUGAUAAUUACUUUAUUGAGCGAACCACAUGCAGCCGAUAAGGACGUGGAAGUGAAGCUUCCCUCCUCAAACAAAGACCUUUCUCUCUGACUGGGCGGUGACCAGGGAGCGGCCAAAGGUUGCACAUUCAUCUGACUGACAGUAUCUGUCCGCCUGCCUCCCAUUAACAGAGGGUUUGCACAGAGAAGGACUAAAGGCAGCGAAGGCCACAUACGGGAUUUGAUCAACUGACCAUAAUCUGAGCGCAGGACUCUAUCGCCAUGGCGACGGUGGACGUGAAGACGCUCACGGCACCCGUGGGCAUCGUGCGGCUGCUGGAGGUGGUUUUCACCUGCGUCACCUUCGGCCUGGUGGCGUCCGUGGGCACCUCCACCCAGGCCUUCUGGGUGUGGUGCAUGUUCUCGUGGUGCUUCUGCUUCUCCGUCACCUUCCUCGUGCUCCUGCUGGAGCUCAUCGGGGUCCACGCGAAGCUGCCCAUCUCCUGGACUGACUUCACCACGGCUUUCGCCAUGUUGGCCAUGCUAAUGGUUCUGGCAGCCUCCAUCAUCUACCCCGUCUUCUUCACCUGCUCGACCUGUGGCAGGCAGAUUGGAGCCACCGUCACCUCCAUCUUGGCCUUCAUCCUGUACGCCGUGGAGGUCGGGUUGACCCGGGCCAAACCAGGAGAACUCAGCGGCUUCCUGUCCACAGUCCCAGGACUCCUCAAGGUCCUGGAGGCCUUCGUGGCCUGCAUCAUCUUCAUCUGCUUGGGCAACAUCAACUAUUAUGUGCAUCCUGGGCUCCAGUGGUGCGUCGCCGUCUACUCCAUCUGCUUCAUCUUCGCACUGCUCAUCAUCAUUUUCACCAUCUGCCGCCUCCUCGCUCUCUUCCCCGCACCAUUCGACAAGGUCCUGACGGGCUGCAAUGUGCUGGCAGUGUUGAUGUACAUGACAGCUGUGGUCAUUUGGCCGGUGUACAGCUUCAGGAACAACCCCAGACCCAGCACCUGCCGGCCUGGGUUCUUGUGUUUAUGGGAUAAUUUAGUGGUCAUCACCUUCAUGACCUGCGUUAACCUCAUUGCGUACAUCGUGGAUACGGUUUAUUCUGUGAGACUGGUUUUCUAUGUCAGCAGUACAUAGAUGUCCUACAGAACAUUGUUGUUCUUACAUUUUGCUAUUUUCCAUUUGAGAAGUAUUGAACGAUGACUUAACAGCCAAAAAGCGCGUUUAAUGGUUUUAUAGAUGCAGCGGGACCCACCCCGCUCAUGUUUGCUUAGGUUGUGACGAACCCUGAACUAUGCAGCGACGGUCAGUUAAAACUUCCCACAGACAGAAAAGCAAACGUCGAACUCUGUCGAAUUCAAACGUCCAAAACAGUUUUAAUCCGUUGUCUGUAAACAGUAAAACAUGAUAUAAAAGUUGAUUCACACACUGGUUUGAUUUAUGUUGUUAAUGUUA